UACUGAAUCUCGAUCAUCAUCAAUCGAUCACUUUCUAUAAUUAAAAACACAGCUUCUGCUUAUCGUAAGAGUGACUGAAUGUUUAAAAACAUUUAACGAGUGAUUACGAGUGAAUCUUUUAAUAAUUUGAAAAACAAAGUAGUUAAGGGACACUUGGUCAUAACAUAACAAACAAUGCAUUAUCUUAAUCUCUGAUAUCCGAUUAGCUCAGAUUUUUCCAGUGAAUUACUGAUAUAUGUUCAUAGCUCAGGAUCUGUGGUAUAUAUAGAGAAGGGGCGUUCAUUUUUUCAUGAGUGUUGGCUGGAAGAACUGAUUCAAACAGUCGAAAAUGCGAGGAAUUACAAUUUUAUUUUGGGGCUUCGUCACACUAUGCGUUGCAAAGGGGAUGAAACUUCAUAAGAUACCUGAGCAUGUGACGUUCAAUGAAAGAUUGGAAGUCUUGGGGGCAACAGGAGCAGAAGCGGUGCCUGAUUAUGAAAUCCCUCCACCUCAUUCGUCGAAAAUUGCCAAGAGGUCCGCGGACAUUCCUCCGAAGUUCCUGACGCCCUGGAACAGGGUUCUUGUCAAAGAAGACACCCCCAUCUAUUCGCUGGUGUCCGGAAAUGCGGGUCCAAUUAUAACGAAACGUUACCAGGUGAACGAUUUUAUAAAAUCAUUCGCAGACUUGGAAAACGCUGGUGUGACAAUGAUUAAUAAUAGAAGUGACAGCUAUCGAGAAAUUGUUGCGAAUAUGCGAAAGGUGCGAUCGACAUACCCAAUGCCUGCCGGCCAUACCAGGGAAGCCAGGAUUCCUCAGAAAUAUAUGAACGAUCGCGAAUCCAAGUCAGAUGACGUUAAAGACACUGUCCAUCAGAGGGAAGUCCCUGUAGUGGACGACGAGCUUUCUCUUUUAGCACUGGCAAGUACUAAUACCUCAAGGCCACGAGUCGCUCGGGAGACAAGAACCAUUACUGUUGAUGACUGCAAGGAAGAACACCGUGGCUGUCUCAGGCGUUGCGGUAAUUUUUCAACGAUCAAUCCCCAGACCACAGACCAAGUAUGUCUCUACUGCCAGAGGAAUGCACAAGUGUAUAUCUCUGCAUGUCCUGUAGAAGACGACACUGUUUACCCUCGAAUAUUAGUUGUCUUGGCACAUGAAUUUUUCGAAAGAUUCGGUAAAAAUUAUGCCAAUGCAAUCGCAUACGUCCUGGAAUUUUGGAACGGUGUGGAUUUGAAAUUCAGAUCCUUCGAGGAACCCCAGUUCAGACUACAUAUCAUGGGUAUUGUAGUAACUGAGGAUGCAGAGGCGCUGGAAUAUUUCUCGAAGUUCACGCUUGAUAAAACAACUCUAGUUGGUGAUUCUGCACUGAAGGCGAGUGGAUACUAUUGGUAUGAUCGCAAAACUGAUAUUCCAUAUGAGAGCUACGACUUGACCAUGACAAUGACAACGAAGGCUCUGUGUUCCUAUCAAAACAACAACGAAACGUGCACCAUAGUAGGUCAAGGAGCCUCCUCUUUCAAUGGAGCCUGUAGCGUAAAUUUGGAACGGAAACACAUUUUGCACGUAUCGAUUAUUCAGGAUGAUACCGCGUUCAGUGGAGUUUUGGGAGCAGCACAUGAAAUUGGUCAUUUAUUCGGUGUCCACCAUGACGCCGACACAGACGAGUGUUCUCACCUUGAAGGAUACAUGAUGGGUAAAUCAGUUGGGGUGGCGACCGAGCACCACUGGUCUCCCUGUUCUAUCAAGGAGAUCCGUCAAUUUGUCCAAAAACGUUCAACAUGCGGUAAGACUAAGAUCAGUAUGGACAAAGUCUUGCCUGUAUAUCUUCCUGGAAAGUUUGUAAGCACUGACGAGCAGUGCCGAAGGACAAGAGGAACCAGCUCUUGUAUCAUGGGUGCUUCAAUAUGCAGGACUCUACCCUGUACUCGCAUAACGAAGAUAACCAUCCCAGCUAUCAACCAAGUCGCACUCUUUUCCGAGUGUGUCAUGGAACCCCGACCUGCUGCUGAUGGGACAAUAUGUGAAAGUGGAAAAAUUUGCCUCAAUGGAGAAUGCGUCGAUGAAUCAACAUUGACAUAAUAAAAUACCCAAAAUGAUGUUUGUCUUUAAGAGUUCCCUUUUUGGCGACAUUUCAAUUUCUGAUAUUUUGGUAAAUUUGUAUAUUGCAAAAAUAAUAGAAUAAAUAUCACCAUAUCUGCA